AGAGAGCGCAAAGGAGAGGGGCCAUAUAAAACCAGAGGAACACAAGCCACGCUUUAUCCUGCCAGUCUGUCCUGCUCUGCGAGCAUUCACAGGAAACACACACAGACUCCCCCAGCGCUCACACACUCACUUACUCAGCGCCCUCUUUCUCUCACACACACUCCUACAGGGAAACACAAACACACACACCGGCUGCGCUCACAAAGGACUGGAGAAUGGCUGUGUCCAUGAGAAGAAUGAAUGGGUCCUGGAGAGGGAUGACUCUAGCCCUGGUUCUCUGUGCUCUGCUCCUACACAAUGGAGUUCAAGGAGAUUACCCCACUGAUGCCUCUGCUGUACCUGAAACGGGCACCACAGAUGUUCCCAGCACUGGAGCAGCUGAUACAACAGUACUCACAGACGCAACCUACAGCUCUGUAGUCACAGUUAUGUAUACUACCGCAACCCCCCAAGCACCUGUAGACGACACAGCCACUACCGUUGCCGACUACACAGUCAAUGCCACUACUGGGAGCAGUGCUCCUGGAUCAGACCAGGACACUGCCUUCACCUCCAUGGUGCCAAAGACUGACCCCUUAACAGGAGGUGAAACCUCUGGAACCACGGCUGGACCUGGUGUAGACACACAGGGCACUGAAGCAACUGAUGCCCCUGUUGCACCGGUUGUACCCGAGACAGAGGCCCAUGAUGAUCUUGUGAAUCCCACUGUUGAGUGUGUGGACAAGGAGGCAGUGAAGGACAAGGAUGCAGUCAAGGUGGAGCUUUUGUCAAAAACCACCUGUUCGGAGACCAAGAGAAUCUUAGAGGAUUCAGCCUGGUGCACAGGGGACUGCAACCUUCAAGUGUUCCAGGAAGAGAACUCUAACACAUUGGUUUUGACACGCGCUUAUGGUGGUGUCAAAGAAUUGUCAGAGAGCCUGAUCAGUGAAAGUAUCAAGGGUCAGCUGGGUGUGGUGGAGGCAGCUCCUCAGUUGGGAACACACUCUCCCAUUGUGCUGGUGUCCCUGCUCAUCACUGGCCUGCUGCUGGCUGCUGCCCUCAUCGGAUGCUACUGUAUAAAGAACAACCGUGGACACAACGCCAAGGGCAUGAGGCUGGCUGAGGAGGCGUACCCAGUCGAUGAGGAGAACCAGGGGAACACCCUGGUGUCUGUUGCCCCUCUCAACCCCCCUGAGACCCUGGAGAAGCCUGCUAACGGGGACUCCCAAGAGGCCGCCAAGACCCAGCCCCCUCCCACCAACGGCCACUCCACCACCAAGACGGCAGACACAGAGCUGUGAAGCCCCCCUAGAACCCCAGGAGAAGAAUGGAUCAGAUCCCACACCCCUUCUCCAACACCAACCCUUCCCCCCCAGAACACCCCAGAGACCCCAUCCUACCAUGGACAUCAGGGACUAGAACUACCCCUCUUAACCCCCACAUAAACAUUCCUUCAGACUCUCCGUGUGCCCCACUUCGGCUACAUGCCUCAACAUUUAAAAUGGAGGGACAACCCCAUGGUAAAGUAAUCAGAUAAGAUUAUAAUGAACAGGUGUUGAUGAUGAUAAUGUGAAUGAUGAUGAUGAUGCCGAGGGCUGUGUCCCUGUCCCUGGGUUGCUGACGUCAUGCAGGGCUGGAGACUGGGCCAGGGUUAGGACUGGGUGGUGAGGAGGGAGGGUUUUAUGUUGUUAAUCACCACUGGCUCUAAGACUGCAGCUUGGGUCACAUCAACCAUGUGCUCACUUUCGAUGCCCAGGAGGGGCCCUGCCUGCACAUGUCAUCAGGUUUAAAGCUUCCUUCCAUAAAUCCUUUAACCAUAAAUUGAAGCACUGCAUCACUACCAUUCAAAUUGGUCCUCAGUCGAUCAUAAAAA